UAUCAAACCAAGUGACACCGAUCAGCUGAUUGGAUUGAGAGGUUAUGUAUAAAUAAACCUCGGAAUAAUAGUAGUUUCUAACGUUAAUAAUCCCGUAUCUUUUCCGUAAACAUGUUUUUGAAGACAUUUUUACAGUCUGAAAUAAGGUUAUGCCACAGAAUUUUUAUAAGAGGUGUAAGCACAAAAUCGCAAUGGGACAUCGUAUCGGGAGUAUGCGUUGAAAGGCUUCCAGUAGUGACUCCACCACUCAAUGAAAUCCAACAAAAGUUCAAAGAUAUGCUGUUUACUAUGGAAAUAGAAAAAAGUCUCAAAUCUGAUCAUGAAUUGCGCCAUGAACAAGAUAAGAUACAAGCAGAACUUCUCAAAAAUGAAUCUUCAGAUGUGGACAUGGAUACUGUGAGCAAAAUAACAGCUCAAGACUUUGAAGAUGCUUCCAAUGAGGAAUAUGCACAGUUCAAAUUUGCUAGUACAGAGACAGAUGCUGACAAGAAAAAUGAUAAGACUUCUUCAGAAAGGUGUCUUCAAAGGCAUCUAGUGUUGGUGGCUCCAAUUAAGUUGGGCAAAGACACCAAAAGUCUACUACCUCAAGGACUUUGGAAAGAGGGCGAAACUCUCCGACAGACAGCAGAAAGAGUCGUCCAGGAGCAAUGCGGACCUGACCUUAAAGUGAAGUUCUUGUCAAACGCGCCCUGCGGCUUCUACAAAUACAAGUACCCCUCGGAGAUCGACGGAAAAAUUGGGGCUAAGGUAUUCUUCUACUACGCGAACUACAAGGGAGGGAAACCCAGCGACAAGAGCAAGGCUAACUGGCUCACGCGCAACGAAUUGUCCGACAUACUGCCUGAACGAUACAACAAGUGUGUCCACGAGUUCUUGAUUGAAGAAACCUGGUAGUGUACCAUAAGUGUAGUCAUAAUAUUAAUUAUUAUAUAUAUUAUUAAUAAAGAUAGUUUGUAUUGAUUUUA